UUGUGACGUGCAGAGGACUAGACGUUCUACGGUCAGCCACCGGGCUUCAUAAGAUCAUGACUAACGGCUCAGCACUAAGGAUGGACAAGGAUCAGAGUCAUGUAACUGAAAGGAUAUUGAAGCUCACCCUGGAGAUCAUCUACCUGCUGACCGGAGAGGACUAUACAGUGGUCAAGAGAUUCAAGGAAGAGGGCACAGGCAGCAAGAAUCCCUCUGUGUCUGGAGGAUUGAGCAUCACAGAGUGUCCACCCCGCUCCCUGAUAUCAAAGAGAAGCAACGGCAAGAAGAUUCUGGAAGUUACCAACAAGAUCAUUAAGCUGCUGACAGAAGAGUGGGAAUAUUUAGAAGAAAACAAAGAUAUCUACAAUGACGUCAUGAUGGAUGAAGAUCAAUCCCUUAAAGAAACAAAGAAAGAGGAACAAGAGUCCGAUGAAUCCUCAGAUGAUGGAAACGUCAUGCAGACUCUGGAAAAAAAGAUGAGGUUGAAAGUCAAGAAGAAGACGGCUUGGGAAAUAAAGCUUGUGACAUAUCUAGAGAAUGCCAGGGUGCCGCUAAAGAGAGCCUGCAUGUCGAAUCUGACGAUGAAGAAGUUGUAG